UGCGCACUCGGUUUAUCGAUCGAAGAAUUAAGGUUAAAACUGUCUGUGUACAUUUAAAACACAUGACACGGUUUACCGACCUACGUGCAGUCACUAUUUAAGAUCCUCUUCACGAGAAUCAGAGAGUAUAGGAUUUUAACAUGGGGACCCGUCACGUGUGUCUGUUUCUACUCUGUGGCCUAGCUUCUCUAACUUCAGGACAGAAUGUGACGUACAAGGUCACCACGAUUCUUGAUAAUCCUUUCGUAAUUAAAAAGGAAGGCGCUCUUACUGAAUUCAAAGGCCUGAUUCCCGACUUGUUAAGAAAAAUAGAACCAAUUAUCAACGCAAAGUUUGAAAUUAGUCAUGUUGGAGACUUCAGGUUUGGCACCCAAGACAAAUAUAAUAACUGGACUGGAAUGAUAGGGGAACUAAUCAAAGGGGAUGCAGACAUCGCAGCGGCCAGUCUAACCAUGACAGCUGAGAGAGCUAAAGUUAUUAGUUUCGCUCACCCCUUCGCCGAGGUGGGACUGACCAUCGUCAUGAAGAAGCCGAGUGUGCGAGGCUGGGAGGCCGUAAAGGGUUUUGUGACGUUCCUACAGCCCUUUGAGGCAGGCGUGUGGAUUGCCUUCUUAUUUGCUUGUUUGCUUAUUCCCAUUCUCUAUGGCGUCUUCGUACAUUUUGAUCCUUUGGAAGAUGAUGCUGAGUCGAGUUUGUUGAGGAAUAUUGCCGACGCAGUUCCUGUUAUCUUCUAUAGACUGUGUUUACAAGGAAGUCUUGCGCCAUCCAAAUGUACCUCCCGAGCUGCAAGAGUUCUAGUCGCCUUUUGGUCAUUGUUUCUAAUCAUUCUAUUCGUCACAUGGGCAUCAGCCUUUGCUGUAUACCUGAUGCAAGGACAAAGACAAAUUCCAACCACCCCUACUCAUUCAUUCAAACAGCUUUCGGAACAAUCCGGAAUACAAUUUGGAACAGUUCAAAUGGGAAGUACGUACAAGUAUUUCACAGAGGCCAAGGAUGAGGUAGAUAGAAAAAUUGGAGAGCACCUGAAAGACAAUCCCAACCAACUGGUGAAAAGUACAGAAGAAGGAAUCAAAAGAGUUAGAACCAGCAAUGGGCAGUAUGCAUUUAUCAUGGAGGAAUUGAGCGCGCGACAAUAUGUAGGACAGUUACCGUGCGAUUUGAUGCUUAUUCACCAUUCUUUUAUUCGGAAGUCGUAUGCUUUCGGGUGUGCGAACGCCAAUGUCUGCAGAAAUAUUGACGUUGCCAUUAUUAAGCUGAAGAAUGAUGGCGAAAUUCGGGAGCUGACAGAUAAAUGGAUGGAGAAUGACGGCGGCUGUGACACAGAUUUUUAUGACGAUUAUUUGGAAUACAUUACUUCUUUCAACAGCAAGAAAGACGCAUCGGGAUAUCUCUUUCAGAGCAAUGCACUAAGUAUGGAAAAAGUCGGCAGCAUGUUCAUUCUGUUAGCCAUAGGGAUAGUCGUAGGAGUUGGAUUGCUGAUUUUUGAUAUAUGCACUGAACGAAAGGUGCAGGUGAGUAAUAUUCGUACCUUCUCUAUAAUAUUUAUCAAACAAAAAAAGCUCCAUUCAUCAUUGGAUCGGGAAUUUCCUUUUUGGAGAAUCGCAUUUAAAGACCUAUUAUCAUUAUCACAAAAAGGGGUGCGACUUUCAGGAAGAGCUUCAGACGGUUGUGUUUUAAUUAUCUUUACUUAUAUUAUACUAAAACGUCGUCGACGGUAGGGAAACUUUCUGAAAUAUACAUGUAGACCUUCACAUGACGAUCAGGGCCGUGGCAGUGAAGGUCAUUUAAUUUGCCAACACCUGCUGCGAUACGGGACUGAUCUCAGACCUCCGUAAGGAUUUCGGACCUUCGUACGUAAGGUAUUAGACCUCCGUAUCUAAGGUCUCGGACCUCCAUAUUUAAGGUCUCGGACCUCCAUAUUUAAGUCUCGUCCGAAUACCAUUUCCCAUAGACUCUCAUUUGUAAAUACUGAGCAAUUAGCGAAGGUGCAAUCACUACCUAUUUUUACGUCUGGUAUUUUUGACGCGGCCUGGGCACAAGCAGGAUUCCAACCCUCGAACGCUUCCAAAGGAUAAAGGUGUUCUUCUCCUAAUCAGCCCCAAAAUAUUUUCUUAACGAAGAAUAAAAUCGAGCAAAUUAUAUAAAUUUUCUACAGCAGAAGAUAUUAAAAAAGUGGGUUCACCGAGAGACUUUUAGAAAUUUAUCUCACAAUGGAAAGAUGUGGCUUAAUUAAUUUAAUUUUAAAAUCUAUAGCUAUGGGAAAAGACGUUUUUCAUAGAUUAAAAAUAAAGAAAUAAAGUACAAAAAGAUCCACAAUGAUAUCACCAUUGAAUUAGGGUACUAAAAAGCAUAAGUCACCGUGUAAUAUUUUUUAAAAUUUUAUUUUUCCAAAUUUGACUUCUAUCUCUUAUAAAUUAACACUAAACGUCAUUUAAAUUGUGUGCUUAUACAUUUUACAUAAUAGAAUAAUGUUUAGUAUUUUCAGCAACUUUAAAUCAAUUGUUUACCUGCUGCAAAUAUCCUCUUCAUUGGGAAUAGAAUAUCUUAAAGAUGAAGAUUAUGAUGUGUUUACGACUAACUAGCUUAUCAAGAGUCCCGAUCAUUAAUAGCUGAGAUAAGAGAUUGGCGUUAAGCUCUUAGCGGUGUGAUAUUUUCCCCUGAUAUUAGCUGAAUUUGAAAUUAAAAAUUUAAUUCCAUAUGCUGUAAUAUCACUGAAUAUAUCUAUAAAAAGCAAAACAAGUAUGCUUGUUGCUGAAUCGAAUGUUAAAUUUAUAUUAGAUGGGUUUUUUUCUUGCAGAAAGCCGUGACGAGAAGAGGGGGAACCGACAAGCAGCCGUUUCAUUCUAUAACUGACGACAUGCAGUAACCGGUCUCCAUAACCGACAAAUGUGCUGCAAUGUCGUCAAAGAUCUGAUAAUGAACAGCCGAUUAUGCCAACAUUUUUAUUCGUGCCAUUUGAUAGAGUAGAUACCCUCUCAGAAGUUCAAUGCAACUGAAAAGCAAUGUGGGCUUUCUGUAAUACCAGCGUGUAUGUUAAGUGUGGCUGCAGUGCAAUGUUCCCUUUUCUGUUAUCAUUCAUUGUCGGUUACUUAUAUGUCAUUUAAUAUUUCUUUUUAUCUAGUAUGAGAAUGCAUGUUUGUUUUCAGUAUAGACGCUUCACCCCUGUUUAUAAGGAAAUUCAUAUCAACAUCGCAAAUUAAGUGAUGUGUUGUAACUGCUAAAUUUGUUUUAGAUUAAAGCGUAAAUAAAGUAAAAAGAAGUGCUUUAAAGAAAUACAAGAAAUGUGAGAAACUA